AUGCCAAACCUAACCCAGUUUUCACCCCAACUGCUGUCAAUCCGUUUCUUUGAAGCUAGUUUCGAACCUAACUUUAACGUUGUUGAACUGAAAAUCGAGUCAGUUUCGAACCUGGUUAUUAUAUCACGUUUGCUCAAACCCCCGUUGCUAAGUGCGAAAUCAACACAGUUUCGUGAAAAGUGUUUGUUUGAUGAAACUACCCUGGGUCAGUUUCAGUUUUCUCAAGCGAAAACGACAACAAUAAAUUUAUAAUUUGACGUUAUUCAAGCAUACAAAGCAUGCUCAGUUGAGAGCAUCACCGGAAGUGAACGAACGUUUUAAUAAGACGUUAAAUAAAAAAUGAGUUUGAUCAAAGACAUCGUAUUAACAAGAUAUCCAGCUCUCACAUUUCCCGAACAAAUCAUUGGCAACAUUUUUUGCGAGCAUGGCGCCCUCAGGCGAGUCCGCAUCGAAUCUCGUACACAGAAGUAGGGGAGAGAAAUGUCAAAUUCGUGCGCGCCAAAAUAGCAGCACUGCGCACCCAUACAAUUGACAUGAUAUGUUGAAUGUGACACCGUGCGAUGGCGUUGCUGAACUGAAGAUUGAUUUCGCUCCAAGCUGACAGGGUCUGGUUUGAUCUAACAAUAAACUCCUGUUCUUAUGCUAACUGUGCGUGACACCAUAAGGCAAAUGAACUUGAUUGAUGAUGACUGCUUUAUGAACGCAGAAAAAAAGUAUUGUAAAAGUAAAUGAAUUCUGAGUAUUUCGAUUUAUUUUCUAAACAGUGACAAUAACACUUCUGGUUUGAUACAAUAAAUGUUUUCUGUUUUGAACAACCAACAUUCGUUUCGCACAAAUUCAUUAUAAUUGUUUGAAUUUUUUUUAAGUAAAAUAUUUUAUUGGGCUCAUUUGCGUUAGCUUAACGUGGCCGAUUGUCUUGUUGUUAGGUGGAAAAGAAUGGAAGCCGUAUUUUGGGGCGGCCUACUCCCCUAGGGUUAGUAAAGGAGUGCCAGGAGGGUGGUACCUAUACUGUAUUGAUUUUUAAACAUUUUUUGAUAUUACAAAUCAUUCAUUAAUAGUUUGCAUCUUUGAAACACACUUUUUCAUUUUCGGGUUCUCGACGUUCUCCGGAUUGUAACGAGGAAGCAGAGAUGCCAGGUAAAAAUUUCAAAUAUCUGCAGACAGGGUCUGUAAAUCUGCAGUCAGCAAGUAUGUCUUGCUGGCAGCAAUUUCUCUAUAAAGUAUGACACGCAUGUGAGUCUUCUUUUAUUGUGAGUCUGGAAUCAUCCAGCCAAGCUGACACAAUUUGAUAAUGCGUGUUACCUGUUCAAGCGACCAAAGAAGAAAGAGGACGAGUUAGUUCGUUGAUCGCUUACUACGAUUAAAUAAUAAUAAGCGUGGUAUCGCCAUGGAUACAAACAACACAUUACCAUGGGUACAAAACAUCAAACUACCUCGUGUUAUUUACAGGGGUGUAUUGUUGUGACUAGUUUGCUUCCAACGAAUGUCUAGAUAUAUUUAGGAAGGUAUUCACAACCCCACCUCUCCGUAAAAGAAUUUAUUUUUAUAAUAUUGUUAUAUUUUAUUUAUAUUUUCAUUAAUUGUUGUUUUUUUAAUUUUUUUUGAGUGGAUAAUUAAUUAUAUGUAUAUGUAUAAGUAUUUGUAUUAUUAUAAUAUCACACAUAACACAUUAUAUCUACUAAAAUUUUCAGUGUUCAUUAAGAGCUAUGUUUUUUUUUCUCAUUUUCGGAAAUCUAACCGUAUAAUUGAGUGCAUUGAACUAGAACACAUUUGAAUAGAACACAAGUUGAAUUCAUUAUUCACCUGAAAAAGGUAUUAGUAGUAUACAAGGGAUUACUACGUUGAAAGGAGAUUUAUAGUUUCGGAUAGUUGAAUAAGGGAAGACCUAAUCUUUGAGCUGCUGCACAAGAAAGCUCGCUUCAAAGAAUCUCCCUAUAUCCGAACUGCCUCCGAACAUUCUCAAAGAUUAGAGUCGAAGAUGUCACAGGAACAAGAUGGAUUUGACUGCGAGAGGUGUGAACGACCCAACUCUUGCGAUAACAUGGUACAGUGUGAUUCUUGUCUGGGUUGGUAUCACCUGGAUUGCGCGAAUGUAUCGCCGGGAGUUGAAAAUCGACCAUGGCAUUGUGAAACGUGCUCACAAAAUACCUCAUUGCCGGAGAAAUCACACAAAAGAGAAACUGCUUUCAGUGGCCUGAUAACCACACCAACAGUGGCGCGCAACGACAAAUCAAAGAAGGAAAUUGAGGCCUGCGAUAGCAAAAAAAAUGGGAGCACAAAAGAAUGUCGGAACUACCUUGAAAGGCUUCACUACAAGGAAUACGUCACCGACCAACAAAACUCCAAAAGGAACGUCUCGAAUAUUCGAAACGAUCAUGUACUGAAGCCAGCUCUAUGCGAACUAACACGUCCAGCGCUAGAGUUGUAGCUCAGAAAGCACUUCGUCGACUGGAGGAAAAACAGAAAUUAGAGGAGCAAAAACUGGAAUUUCAACGACAAGAGCUAGAAAAGGCUAAAGAGCGUCUGCAAAUGGAGAAGGACCUAGAGGAAAGAGAAAAUGCAUUGACUAGGAAGCAACUAAAAAUGCUCGAGAAAUUCUUGGAAGAAAAGCUCAGUUUAGAGGAAAAACUUGUGGAAGAUGAAGUCCUCUCCCAGCACACAUCACGCACCGAGAAAUCUGCAACGCGAAAAUGGGUAACGCAGCAACGUUUGCAAGACGCCUUCGGGCAAACGAGUGAUGAAAACGCGAAAAAUGAAGAACCAUGGGGGGAUUCGGAAGCAUCAGGUCAUGCUACUAGAUCCGAAGUACCAAAUAAUCUGUCAAAAGGAGCUCUUAGUGGCAUGUUAAAUGGAAACCAGAUUGCCGCUAGGCAUCUAUGGCCGAAACAAUUGCCAACGUUUUCUGGCGAUCUCGAGGAAUGGCCGGUAUUCUAUAGUAGCUAUUUAGACUCUACUAUGGCCUGUGGAUUUGCACCGGUCGAAAACAUCAUUCGGUUGAGAAAAUGCCUUAGAGGUCCAGCACGGGACGCAGUGAUUACUAAGUUAAUGUUUCCGCAUGCCGUAUCAUCGAUAAUUGAGACCCUUCGACGGCUAUAUGGACGACCAGAGCUUCUCGUCAAACAUCUACUUACAAAAGUACGUCGCUUGGAAGCUCCGAAACCCGAGAGGCUUGACAGUUUAAUUAACUUCGGUUUAACGGUCCAACAGCUAUGCGACCAUCUCGAAGCUGCAAAUUUGAAAAGUCAUCUGGCAAAUCCUACGCUACUGGAAGAGCUUGUAGGGAAACUGCCGGCCACAAUCAAGCUUGAUUGGGUGCGACACAAGCGGGCGUUUAAUGAUCCGUCGCUUAAAGAGUUUGGAAAUUUCAUGGAUGGAUUGGUCAUAGAUGCAAGCGAGGUUACAGUUCUAGUACAAUCAAAAAAUGACUCUGGAUGCUAUGACAGGAUAAAGCAUCAUCAAAAGGCUCACGUUCACGCCCAUAACGAAGACCAUGCCAUGCUGGGGAACAGCUUACCCCGAAAACCUUGUCCGAUCUGCGCCAAAUUAGAUCAUCGUGUACGAAAUUGCAACGAAUUCAAACGAAUGAGUCUUGAAGCGCGUUUGAAAGCGGUGGAAGAGAAUAGACUCUGUGAAGUGUGCCUGUUCGACCAUGGUAGCUGGACAUGUAAAUCAAGAUUCUCGUGUAACGUGGGAAACUGCCGUGAGCGGCAUCAUCCAUUAUUACACCACGAUGGGACAUUGAAUGUAAUAAAAGCUGACUGCAAAACCCAUAGAAUUGCAACAGAAGUCGUUCUAUUCCGUGUUGUGCCAAUCACAUUAUUUAACGGGUCACGCAGUGUUGAUACUUUCGCCUUCCUCGGUGAGGGGUCCUCCCACACUUUAAUCGAUGCUAGUAUUUCACGCCGCCUCGGAGUCGUAGGAACCUCAGAGCCGUUAAAGUUAAUAUGGACUUCAGAUGUAAGUCGCGAAGAGAGCUCGUCAGAACGAGUUGACUUAAUGAUUUCAGCCAGAGGUGGACACGAGCGAUACAAGCUUUCAGCCGCACGUACUGUUUGCACAUUGAGUCUUCCUACUCAGAAUCUACGCGUAGAUAAAAUUUCCUCACAAUUUAGACAUCUAGAGGGCGUCUCUAUGAUUUCAUACCAGAAUGCGAAACCGAAAGUUCUCAUCGGCUUACGAAACUUAGACUUAAUUGCACCAAUUGAGAGCCGUGUAGGUCGGCCGGGUGAGCCUAUUGCAGUAAGGAGUGUUCUUGGAUGGACAAUAUACGGGCCGUGUGGAAAGCGUCUCGAUGAGCGACCAUUCUUGGGACAUCACCUGUGUAAACUAGAAGUAGAUCAAGAACUGAACGAAAUAGUACGCCAACAGUUUAUUCUGGAAGACGCCGGAAUAGCGCCCGUACAGUUGCCAGAGUCGGCAGAAAUUAUGAGAGCGAGGGAGAUCCUAAAUAAAACAACAUUCCGCCAAAACGGUAGAUUCGUCACCGGACUGCUGUGGAAAACCGACGAGAUACGCUUCCCAGACAGUUUACCUAUGGCAACUAAACGACUUAGAAAUUUCGAAUCAAAAUUGUCAAAAGACCUCGGAUUGCGACGAGAUGUGCACAAACAAAUGAGAGAGUACAUCGACAAUGGUUAUGCCCACAAAGCGACACAAGAUGAGAUAAGUAAAGUCGAUGCUAACCGAGUGUGGUAUUUGCCACUUAGCGUGGUGGCUCACCCCAGAAAACCGAACAAAAGACGACUUGUGUGGGACGCAGCUGCGAAAGUGAAUGGAGUGUCUUUAAAUUCCCAACUGUUGAAGGGACCGGACCUAUUAGUUCGGCUGCCGGGUGUAAUUUGCAAGUUUCGCGAGAGGCGUAUUGGCUUUGGUGGAGACAUCGAGAAGAUGUUCCAUCAGAUUCGGAUACUCCCAGAGGAUACUCAUUCUCAACGAUUUCUGUUCCGUUUUGAUGAACAGCUACCACCGGACAUUUAUAUUAUGAACGUAGCAACGUUCGGUGCUACCUGCUCGCCAUGCUCGGCGCAGCACGUUAUGCACUUGAAUGCCGACGAAAAUGCACAUGAAUUCCCUGAAGCAGCCCUGGCAAUCAAGGAGAGAACAUAUAUGGACGACUACUUUGACAGUACCGAUACCCCAGAAGAAGCCUUGAAACGGGCCCUACAGGUAAAGCUGAUCCAUUCUCGAGGUGGGAUGAAUAUGCGAAAUUGGGUUUGCAACAAUGUAGCAGUUCUGCAAGGAAUAGGAGAAAUACCAGAGCAGCGGUCACUCCCUAUCGACUGUAGUAAUGGAGAGAAACAACAACGAGUUCUCGGAAUAGUUUGGGACCCUGAAAAAGAUAUCUUCAUAUUCUCCACGAACUGGUAUACCGAGCUGGCUCCGUAUGUAGUGGAGGGUAGGCGACCAACCAAGCGGAUUGCUUUGCGUAUCGUGAUGAGCUUGUUCGAUCCGUUGGGAUUUCUUGCACCGGUUUUAAUUCAUGGCCGAAUGCUAAUUCAAGAUCUCUGGCGGACUGCUUUAGACUGGGACGUUAAAAUUGGCGACACCGAGUAUGAUAAGUGGUUUCAAUGGAUAAACAUUCUACCAAGAAUCAGUACCAUUGAGAUCCCGCGGUAUUAUUUUAUUGGAUCUCGACCUAGCUCCUAUGAAUCAUUGCAGUUACACAUAUUCACUGACGCAAGCGAGUUGGGCUACGGAUGUGCCGCUUACUUCCGAAUUGUGGUCGAAGGAGAAAUAAAAUGUGCGCUUGUCAUGGCCCGAAGUAAGGUGGCUCCGCUUAAGUACCAAUCCAUUCCGCGGAUGGAGCUCCAGGCGGCGCUUCUAGGAGCGAGAAUGAUGAAGACCGUGUGCGAAACUCACACGCUGCCGAUCCGCGAGAAGUAUAUUCACACAGAUUCAGAGGUAGUUCUAGCAUGGAUUCACUCUCAACAUCGCAAUUACAAACAGUUUGUCGCGUACCGAAUCGGAGAGAUACUGACGCUUACAGAACCUGCGAGUUGGCGACACGUUCCAUCAAAGGAAAAUUUAGCAGAUUGUUUAACAAAGUGGAGUAAGGACACUUUACCCGAUUCGAAUGGAAGAUGGCUGACUGGCAAAAAUACCUUUCUGCAUAAAGAAAUGGAAAAUUGGCCAAAACAAAAAAAAAUUCCGCGUACUAAUGAGGAGUUAAGGGUUCACCUUCUGCUACAUCGCAUUGCGGUUCCGGAACGCAUUAUAGAUGCCGCACGAUUCUCAAAAUGGAAGGUGUUGUUACGAACUGUGGCACUGGUAAGUCGUUUUGUGACAAAUUGCCGUCGUAAGGCCAAGAAACUUCCUAUUAAGACGAUUAAAGCAACUAAGAGUCUACGACCGCUCAUAAAAUGUUCAAUCCCAACCGAAAUUGUUCCUCUCUGCCAGAAUGAGUAUUUAACUGCUGAACAAUGGUUAUGGCAAACGGCACAAAACGAUAUUUAUCCUGACGAAGUCAAAAUCCUCAUAAAUAAUCGAGAUGAACCGCCAGAGAAAUGGAUUAAACUUGAAAGAUCCAGUCCAUUAUACAUACUAUCUCCUUUCGCCGAUCAGUUCGGAGUCAUAAGAAUGGAAGGUCGGACAGCCAAGGCAAGUUACGCGACGUUUGAUGCUCGAUUCCCAGUCAUACUGCCAAAAUCACACCCCAUCACUCUAUUACUCCUUGAAGAUUUCCAUACUCGAUACGGGCACGCGAACCGCGAGACGGUAGUCAACGAGGUUCGCCAAAGAUUCCAUAUCUUCAAUUUGCGUGCCACGGUAGCCAAAGUAAUGAAAAAAUGUCAACGAUGCAAGAUUAGGAAAUGUAAACCACAACAUCCCCGGAUGGCACCGCUUCCCAUAGAGAGGUUGACACCCUUUGUUCGACCGUUCUGUUACGUGGGUGUAGAUUACUUAGGGCCUCUGGAAGUCUCGAUCGGGCGUCGCAAGGAAAAGCGGUACGUAGCGGUUUUCACAUGUCUAGUCGUUCGUGCCGUACAUUUAGAAGUGGCGCACAGUCUAUCCACAGACUCAUGCAUUAUGGCAGUGAGAAGAUUCAUACGACGACGAGGAUCGCCAGUAGAAAUAUGCUCGGACAACGGUACUAAUUUCGUUGGCGCGAGUAACGAAUUGAUCAAGCAGAUUAAAGAUAUAAACAACGAGUGUGCGGAUACGUUUACAGAUGCUCGAACUAGAUGGACGUUCAAUCCCCCGUCAGCUCCACAUAUGGGUGGCGUGUGGGAGAGAAUGGUCAGAAGUGUUAAAGAAGCAAUGAGGGCACUCGACGACGGUCGUAAACUAAACGAUGAAAUACUACUCACAGUUUUGGCUGAGGCAGAAAGUUUCAUCAACUCACGACCACUAACAUAUAUGCCUCAAGACUCUGCGGAAGGAGAAGCGAUUACACCAAAUCAUUUCAUUCUCGGAAAUUCGUCGGGUGCCCAUGAACGGAUGCUACUUCCAAUUGAUUUGGCUGCAUCGCUGAGAAGCAGCUAUCAAAGAUCGCAGUGUUUGUCAGGUGCAGUGUGGAAUCGUUGGUUGAAGGAGUACUUCCCCUCGCUGAACAAACGAUCGAAGUGGUUUACGGAUACCAAACCAAUUCAAGUGGGGGACCUGGUAUACAUUACCGAAGGGAGUCGACGAACCUGGGUACGCGGCAAAGUGCAAGAGGUAAUUGCCAGAAGUGACGGCAGGAUUCGUCAAGCGAUUGUACGAACAGCUGGCGGUAAAGAUUUGAGGCGACCAGUCGUUAAGUUAGCUGUUAUGGAGGUUUCUGAUGGUGAAUUCUGUGAAAGGCCACAAGUCUCUCAUCAGGAUUCACGGGGCGGAGGAUGUUCUGAUAACACUGCUGUUCUUUCUGCAGGCAAACGAAUCGGGCACCCUGCCAUACCGGAUGGAGGAGUGAAAUGUCAAAUAGAGAAGUAGAAGUCAAGCCGAAUGAAAGCGACUACGCUGCACACGGCACUAAAUAUAAUUUUUCUUAUCCUACUUAAUUAAGUUCAUUUGUAAUUGAAUUCUGGGACGUUUCGGAUAACGUUGCCCCAAUACGGUAGUAUAUGAAAUACUGUUCAGUUGAUAUGCGUUAUUACAACGGUAAGCAUUCUUAAUAUAUAUGAGGUUAGGUGUUACUACGGUUAACGGACGCUUAUCGUUUUUUUUUCUCAUUUUCGAAGAUCUAACCGUAUAAUUGAGUGCAUUGAACUAGAACACAUUUGAAUAGAACACAAGUUGAAUUCAUUAUUCACCUGAAAAAGGUAUUAGUAGUAUACAAGGGAUUACUACGUUGAAAGGAGAUUUAUAGUUUCGGAUAGUUGAAUAAGGGAAGACCUAAUGUAAGUAAUUGGCUUAGCUCCUCGCAAUCUAUUGUUCUAAUCUAAUUAAUAAUAAUUUCAGCUUUGAGCUGCUGCACAAGAAAGCUCGCUUCAAAGAAUCUCCCUAUAUCCGAACUGCCUCCGAACAGGUAUGAUGGGGUAUUCUUUGUUCUAGCAGUUCGAUGUAGAAUUGCA